CCCUCUUCCCGCAGCAAGGAUAUAUCCAUCGCCUCCCCUGCCAAACGCACGACCGUUGACACAAUCAAGGAGGACAUUGUGCACACAGCAAUGUCGGAACGUGUAACGCGUUCGCAGACGGGCAAGACGCCGCGCAAAUCCACCGUUCCCGACGGCUUCGUCGAGACUCCCGGCGUCAAGCGUCGCUCGCGCAAAUCCCAAGCCGCCUCCAGCCAAGCCGCCUCCAGCGACGAGCGCAGUCCCUCUCCAUCCGACAAUGUCCCUCCUCCCGCCCUCUCGCUCGCCAACGGCAAAGGUCCCUCGACCCUCACCCUCACCCGCGACAAUGAGAAAGCGAACCAGAAGUUGAAGGAAGGCAAGAUCAUCGAUGGCUGGCGCGUGGGCUCCGACCCCAAGAUCGAUGCGGAUCCACACUUUGACUUUGGCGGCACAUUGGGCGUAUCGGCCAUGAUGAUCGGGUUUCCGACCUUGAUGUGGUACAUGUGGGUGGGCGCGACCUACUACGAUGGCAAGUUUCCCUCGGAACCCAGCAUGACAUGGACACAAUUCGGGAAACAUCUCGUCCACCUGGCCUACACGGGAGCAUUCCCUCACGCCAAAGCCUGGACCAUUUACUGGACCUUCUUCAUCUUCGAGGGCAUCCUCUACCUCGUCAUGCCAGGCGUGUACUCCACCGGCAAACCCCUCCACCACGAAGGCGGCAAGCAACUCCGCUACUACUGCUCCGGCGUGGCCUCCUUCUACUUCUCCAUCUUCGUGGCCGGCAUCCUCCACUUCACCGGCCUCUUCCCACUCUACACCCUCAUCGACGAAUUCGGUCCCAUCAUGUCCGUAGCCAUCAUCUCCGGCUUCCUCGUCGCCAUCGUAGCCUACAUCUCGGCCAUCCUCCGCGGCGCCCAACACCGCAUGACCGGCUACCCCAUCUACGACUUCUUCAUGGGCGCCGAGCUCAACCCACGCAUGUUCGGCUGGCUCGACUUCAAAAUGUUCUUCGAAGUCCGCCUCCCCUGGUACAUCCUCUUCUUCACCACCCUCUCCGCCUGCGCCCGCCAAUACGAACUCUACGGCUACGUCUCCGGCGAAGUCGGCUUCCUCCUCAUGGCGCACUGGCUCUACGCCAACGCCUGCUCCAAGGGCGAGGAAAUGAUCGUCACCACUUGGGACAUCUACUACGAGAAGUGGGGCUUCAUGCUCAUCUUCUGGAACCUCGCGGGCGUCCCCCUGUCGUACUGCCACUGCACAAUCUACCUCGCCAACCGCGACCCAUCCACUUACGCCUGGAACAAGCCCUUCCUCGCAUUCAUGUACAUCUCCUACCUUUUCGCCUACUGGGUCUGGGACACGGGUAACUCGCAAAAGAACUUCUUCCGCGCGCAAGAAAAAGGCCAAGCGCAAGAUCGUCGCACGUUCCCUCAACUUCCCUGGAAAUUCGUCCCGAACGCCAAACACAUUGAGACGGAUACCGGCGACUCGAUUCUGGUCGACGGCUGGUUCCAAUAUGUCCGCAAACCGCAUUACACAGCCGAUGUAUGGUUUGCGUUUUGCUGGGGUUUGAUCACGGGUUUCGAGUCUCCGUUCCCGUGGUUCUAUCCCGCAUUCUUUAUUGGUAUGAUUUGUCAUCGUGCCAUCAGGGAUGUGCAGCGGUGUCGGAGGAAGUAUGGUGAUGCGUGGGUCGAGUAUGAGAGGCGGGUGCCGUAUAUGUUUUUCCCGGUGAGUUUGGAAUGCUGUCCUUUGCCGUGGGCAGAGCACGUGGCUAAUGAUUCUGCAGUAUCUGUUCUAAACUCGUUCUUGAAAGAGUCGCUGUUCGGCCUUUCGCUGCUGGACUUCCCUAAUGAGAGCGCCGGCAGCCAGCUCUUGGCCGAGCUGUGUUGGGGAGAAGCGGUGCUUGCUCCUUUUCUUCGCGGCGGCAUUUUCCUCGCUUGGAGCGGUUUGGGCCCAGGCGCGAAUGUUGCGCUGCGGUACCGGGCAAGCAAAUGUUUGAACGCGAGGGAAGACGGGACAUGGAUUGUCGAUAUUACUUGA